UGGAAAAACACAACAAAAACAAAGGAAAACAAAAUGUGCGAUCGUAAAUUAAGCUGUGUAGUUGUGCCGCUACUUUUAAUCCUCAUGCUGGUCAAUAAUCUAUCAGAAGCUCGUCCCAUGGAUCUGUACGAUGAUGUUAGUGAAUUUUUCGAUGCCAUCUCCCUGGAUGAUGUGGCCAACACGGGACGCAACACCCAUCCGGAGCAAUUCUGUCUGAUGCCAGCACGCAAAGGUGUCUGCCGUGCUUUGAUUCCACGUUGGCGCUACGAUCCGGAGCAGAAAAAAUGCGUUGAAUUCAAAUUCGGUGGCUGUGACGGCAAUGAGAACAAUUUUGCCAGUUACAAGGAUUGCAUGUCCACCUGCGAGGGCAUGUAGGGAGCAUGUAGGCAGCAUGUGAGGAGAAGGAGGUGUUGCCAAAGGCGACCUCUGAAAAGUAGCGAACCAAAGGCAGCAUUUACACACACACACAGACACACACACACACAACAUCAUUACCAUUUUCUUUACACAUAUUUAUAAAGUUUUCGCUUUAGUUACAAAUUUGAUUUUUAAUUUCAUGCAUCAUUUCUUGUACCUUGUU